UUCUCUCUCAACUAUUCCACAAACAGUAAUCCAACACCAAAACAUAGUCUAAACUAUAGCCUACUUUCUCUUCAAAUAACCAUUUCUUUCCUAUAACAAUCACCAAAAUCUCCAAUCAGAAUACCACUUUUCCUCUAAAAAUCAACUAUGGUUCGUGUAGGCAACGUUCUUUUAGGGUUCCUCAAUGGCAUUAUCUUAAUUGCAGGGCUUGCAGCCAUUGGCACUGGCUUGUAUUUCGUUCUAGCAGGCAAUUCUCAGUGCGUGAGAGGUGUACAUAACCAGUUGAUGAUAACUGGUGCUGCUCUGGUUGUUGUUUCUUUGUUAGGGAUAAUUGGUUCUUGUUAUAGAAUCAAUUUCUUUUUGAUAAUUUAUCUAGUUGUUAUGUUUUUGUUGAUUGUGGCUCUUCUUAUUUUUACCAUUUUUUCGUUCUUGGUCUCUCAUGCAACUUCUGGUGAUGUUGUUUCGCGUUUGAAAGUUAUUAACUUUAGAACUUGGAUUAGAGACCAUUUUGUGAAUGAUAAGAAUUGGGAGCACAUUAGGAAUUGUUUGAUUGAUGCAAAGAUCUGCAACAGUCUUGGUGAUAGUAAUGAUAUGGAUAAAGAUGUCAAGGAUUUUUUCAAGAAGAAUUUGUCUCCUAUGCAGUCAGGAUGUUGCAAGCCACCAAGUGAGUGUGGAUUUGAGUACAAAAAUGCAACGUACUGGGUAAUGCCAAAGGCAGGGCCAGCAGUGAACAAUAGCGAGUGCAAAACAUGGAGCAACCAGCAAGAUACUCUAUGCUACAAUUGCGAGUCAUGCAAAGAUGGAAUUGUGAAGAACAUAAAACAUAAAUGGAAGCAAUUGGCUAUACUCAAUUGUUGUAUUGUUGUGGUUCUCAUCAUUUUGUAUUGCCUUGGUUGCUGUGUAAGGAGGACCAAUUCAUACAGAUCCUACCCCAAACUUAGAGGAUAUAGACCUUACCCUUAGACAUCUUUUUUGUGUUCACUACUCUUUAAUGUUAUAGUUUCUUUCUUUUUUAAAAAAAUUAAUAACAUUUGGGUGAUUAAUUUUGUAGAGAUUCA